UUCACUAGUAAGAUAUAUAUACUGUCGCAGUGGUGAAAAGUAAAUCAGAAGUCAUAAAAUAAAACAUAAGAAAAAACCAUCACAACAUAUAACGAUCAAUUAAAGACAUUGCAAUAUAUAUAUGAAUAUUAUUCAAAAUCAUAAUGAGUGAAAAAGUAAAGCCAAAAGCAUUUUUAAUGCAAGGAUGUGCGACUUUGAUUAUUUGUUUUCUGACAUCGUUGACUGGUUUCGUUUUCGCCUGGCCCUCUUAUACCUUCCAAAUAUAUUUGUCCAAUGAGACGUAUCUAGAAGCUCCUAUUAGUACCAGUCAAAUGUCAAUGUUGGGAAGUAUUAUAAAUGUUGGAGCUUUGUUAGGGACGCCCUUGACAGUUUAUAUGGCUGACAAACUUGGAAGGAAGUAUUCUGCUAUGCUCGUUGGACUACCCUACGUUAUAACAUGGGCAUUAAUCUCCGUCACCAGGUCCUAUUAUGUAGUCCUUUUCUCGCUUGGGUUGUCUGGUCUCAGUGCCGCUGGCCAAUCAAUUUCUUCUAUUUACAUAUCAGAGAUAUGUCAAGACUCGAUCAGAGGGUCAUUGACCUCGUCGGUUAACUAUGGUUAUUUAAUAGGACUGUUAAUUUCUUAUACUAUGGGGGGAUAUAUGUCAUACUACAGUAUUCUUUACGCUCAUUUAGCUCUCUCGAUUCUGUAUAUAAUAAUGUUGAUACCUUUGAAGGAAUCUCCAUGUUAUUUGCUGAAAAUUGGAAAGGAAAAGGAAGCUCGGGAUUCCAUCGCGUUCUAUCGACGGGUGGAUGUAGAUUCCAAAGAAGUGGAAGGAGAAAUUAAGAGUCUGAGAGUUCAAUUAGAUUUAAAUUCGGAUAUUAUUAUAGAAGACAGCACGACAAAUCACGUGCCUGAAACUGUAAACGAACAUCAAGAAACAUUCAUUAAAUUUGAACCGAGACCGGUUAAGAAAAAAAUAUCAUCAUGGCAAUUUUUGAGAAAAUCAGAAUCAUCCAAGAGAGCGUUGUUGACGGUGAUAAUAACUAUGUCAGUCAUGGUUCUUAUGGGUUCAUUGGUAUUGCAAAUGUUUGCAGACUCCAUAUUUAAGGAGGCCAUUCCUAGUAUGCGGCCAAAUACGUGUGCUAUAUUACUUGUUGUGGAUUAUCUGAUGGCAUCAUUGGUUGGUGCUUCCACGUUGGAUAAAUUAGGACGGAAGAAUCUUAUGACGAUAACGUCCUUCAUUGCCGGUAUAUUUACGAUCCUCAUAGGGACUCAGCUGCACAUGCAUUGGGCUCCAUAUUGGUUCACCGCUGUCAUUAUAUACUUACACAGUUUUAUUUUCAACUUAGGAGUCGCGCAAGUACCCCUGGUGUUGGCCGCAGAAGUGUUUUUACCGGAGGUACGAGCUCUUGGGAAUAGCAUUGCCUUGGCGUUUUUGUGGAUCACAAACUGGAUUGUUGUGUCAACAUUUUUCCCUUUGGUUGAAUUCAUUGGUUUAGGGCAAACAUUUUAUAUAUUUUCUGUCAUAUGUUUCAUUGGUUCGGUCUACAGUCAUUUAUGUCUUCCGGAGACGAAAGGAUUAUCAGCGGAUGCUAUUCAACUUCUGUUUAUAAAGAAAGAGAGAAACAGUAAUCUAAAAGUAUAGCAUAUAAAAACACUGUAAUUGAUGUCUUUUGUAUUGCGAUAAAAGUUAUUUAAAACCUUGCCAUACAUAAAAUUAUAUGUGUCAUGAAUCUAU